UCCAUUAGCUUCCACUUUGGUCCUCUCACUCCUUAGUCCCUCAUCUCACUAUCCAAUCAAUCCACACCAUGUUUUGCAGAACUAUCAAAAUAAAUAAACACAAAAAAAAGGAGCCCACUCAAAUUAUAACACCCAUUAUCAAAACUCAACUUCCAGACUCUUCCUUCUUUAUAAAUGCCAAUGGACUACACAUUACAACACCCCGCACUGGUAAUCGACCCGUAAGGCGACAUCCGCCAUCUUCCCACAAAUCUCGAACAAGCUGCACCAGAACCAACACCAGAACCAGCACACAGAUAGUAUUAAACAUCGAUGGCCGGACAAUCACGAAAAUGGGUAAUAUUAGUAGCGACAAUAUGGUUGCAAGCAUUUACCGGCACUAAUUUUGAUUUCUCGGCGUAUUCAUCGGAAAUGAAAGCGUUGUUAGGGAUCAGUCAAGUGCAACUAAAUUACUUAGCAGUUGCGUCCGAUUUAGGGAAAGUGUUUGGAUGGUCAUCUGGAUUAGCGUUGAUGUGUUUGCCUUUGUGGCUUGUUACGUUCAUAGCUGCUUUUAUGGGUUUGGUUGGUUAUGGUUGUCAAUGGCUUGUUAUUCGUGGCUUAUUUUCUCCCCCGUAUUUUGUGGUAUUUCUCCUAUGCUUAUUAGCAGGAUGCAGCAUCUGUUGGUUCAAUACUGUAUGUUUUGUCCUCUGCAUUAAGAACUUUCCUGCAAACCGAGCUCUUGCACUCUCCCUUACAGUAAGUUUCAAUGGUGUAAGUGCCGCGCUCUACACCUUAGCAGCUAACGCAAUCAACCCAUCUUCACAUUCACUCUACCUUUUCUUAAAUGCUGUUGUUCCCUUAUUAACUUCCCUCAUUGGAUUGAUCCCAAUUCUUAGACAACCCGAACUUGAACCUCUUCCACCUGAUGCUGUCCAAAGGGACUCCUUCAUUUUCUGCUUCCUUAACAUUUGGGCUAUCAUGACAGGCUUUUACCUUCUUUUCCUUUCUUCAUCUACUAAUGAUAGUAUGACAUCUUCACGCCUUCUCUUUGGAGGUGCGAUUUUCCUUCUUUUCUUUCCUCUAUGCAUUCCUGGCAUUGUCUAUGCUCGGGAAUGGUUCAAACAGAUUCACUCAAGCUUCCACAUUAAUGGGUCGAGUUUCCUUUUGAUUGAUGACGAUGAUCUAGAGCUUCAUAAGGAAGUGUCAAUUCGAGAGGGUAGUUAUAUUAGUGGUAGUAUUUCUUUCCCCGAAAAUUGGGAUCCCAGUCAUAUUACUGGAUCCUCUUAUAGCUUCAGUGCACUUACUGACGGGAAGAGUGAAAUUUCAUGUGGUGCAUUAAUCAAAAAAGAUCAAUUGGUAAUGCUUGGGGAAGAACAUUCAGCAUCAGAUCUUGUUCGUAGGGUGGAUUUCUGGCUUUACUAUAUUGCUUACUUUUGUGGAGGUACAAUUGGGUUGGUUUAUAGUAAUAACUUAGGACAGAUUGCUCAGUCUCUUGGGCAGAGUUCUAGCACAACGACCCUCAUAACUCUCUAUUCAUCGUUUUCCUUCUUUGGCCGUUUACUUUCAGCUACACCAGAUUACAUUCGUGCGAAACUGUACUUCGCGAGGACAGGAUGGCUAACAAUUGCACUUAUACCAACCCCAAUUGCUUUCUUCCUGCUGACAGGAUCAGGAAGUGCACUGGCACUCCAAGCAGGAACAGCAUUGAUAGGACUUAGCUCGGGUUUCAUAUUCGCAGCAGCUGUCUCCAUAACAUCUGAGCUUUUCGGGCCUCUAAGUGUAGGAGUCAACCACAAUAUCUUGAUCACAAACAUCCCUAUUGGUUCUUUACUUUACGGUUUCUUAGCUGCAGUCGUUUAUGAUUCGAAUGCUGGAUAUACAUCUCAAGGUAUCUCAAUGGUUACUGAUACUGUGGUUUGUAUGGGGAGAAACUGCUAUUUUGGGACCUUUGUGUGGUGGGGAUGCAUCUCCAUUGUUGGGCUAUUUUCGUGCUUUCUUUUGUUCUUGCGAACGAGGCAUGCUUAUCAACGGUUUGAACGUGAUCGAAUUUCUUACCAAUUGGAUUAGAAAACUAUUGAGUUAUCUGCUGAUAUUGUAUAUGUUUUGGGGGGCAGAAAUAACUGGUCAUCGAGUUUGCAAAACAUUGACAUGUUGGAUGUUAGAUGCACAAAGAGGAAUUUCAAGAAAUAUUUUCUUAACAUCUAAUCUAAUAUUGCAUGCAUAUUAUAAAUAUGCAUUAUCAAAUAUAGAAGAAUAUCAUAACAUUGAAACGUGCCAUCCACUUUAUAUAAUCGAGUAUGUACUUCACUGAAUGGAGAAGAAUGAACGUCAAUCGACGUUCCUUUAUUAUUGGUCCACUAAGUACCGAUUGGAUCACAAUGCAAACUAGUACGAAACAUGUAUUUUUCUUAUUAUUUCCGGGGUGUAUAAAUGGUGGAUGUAGAGAAUGCAAUUUUGUUAUGAAAAAUGUCAAUGAACAUGACAUAAAUGAUUGUAUAAGCAAAUGCAUCUGUGUCACUACAUUUGUAUUUCUUAAGUAACAUAAUGAAGAUAAAUGUACUUUUACCUGCA